UAUAGUUUCAUGUGAAUCCACUUUUAAUUUCCAGAAAAAAUGUACAAUAUGCGGAAAUGCACAGGUAAAAACUCGUGCUCAUGUCGUAAAGGCCACUUGGUACUGUAAUUGAAUAGAAGUAUAUAGUUUGAAAAGGGACAUUAUUCAAAACAAACCAACAGAACAGUUUUGAGACGUCAAUGCCUGACACAAAUAUAUGAAUUCAGAAAUUACACCACCGAUGUUUCUUGAAGUCAAUUAUUCAGAGGACAUAACUAAAGUCUCUCGGGCGUUCCUCAUACCCAGAGUUCAAGAAGGCACAGGUACCGCAAAUGAAUAUGCACCAACAAGUACAUUGGCCUGGACUAAUAAGACCGAGUACGAAACUCUAACCACUCGAGAGAUCCUCGAAACCAUUGAUCAAAUUGAGUAUGCGCCCAAAAUAGAUGUGAGUUUGAUUUCUUCAAUAUGUAUGUCCACACUUGUUGUUUUGAACAUUGCUUUUACUCUUCUGUUCUACCUUGCAUGGAGGAAAAGGAAAAAAGCCACUUCUGUAGUUUUACCAAACGCCGGAAGACAAACACAGGACCUGGAAAGUCUCGAUGAUUUAAAUCCAUACAGAACCAUAGAGAUAUUAGACAGCCCUAAUGAAGGGGUGUACAUCAACAGUGAAUUGAUUGUCCACAUGGAGGACGCAUGCGCAGAAUCUCUGUACGAUAGCAUCGGUUCCAGAAACACAUACUGUUCUUUAGAGGCUGUGCAACCACGUGAUCACUUCCGUAGAGACAAGUUUAAGACUCUGACAACUCUGUUUAACAUACACUCGCAAGACGUGAGUCGUACUGUUGUUAGCCUAACGAGAAAAGAUGUAGCACUAUAAAACACAGGAGAAGAAUGCUGAGUAUAAUUGCUCAUACUUCUACAAUAUAGAAAGGACAAGCGUAUCAUGGUUAACAAAACCUGUAUUAACAUAUUAUAGAGCAAAUGCACGGUAACCUGCAUUUUAUUAUUUAAAAUAUAAAAUCACGUGUUUCGAUUUUCAAAAGAACUUAUAUUUUUUUCUCGGUGUAUCUAUAGUUGUUCUUUAAAACUGAUUAAUUAUUAGGAUUGUUUUAUGUGCCACUAUUUAUUGCAAAUCUUGUGUACUUUCAUAUUCAAAACCAGAACCUUCAACAAAAUGUUUGAGACAUCUUACAGUAAUGGAAAAUAUAAAUAGAUCGUUUUAUUAACUAAUUUUGUAUUAUUUCAUUCAAAAGAAAUUUAAAUAUAUUAAUGAUAUAGUAAAUGAUUUUGUAUCCAAAUGAGCCUACAUAUAUAUUAUUGUAGCGUGUUAAGAUAAAUGCAUUCAUUACAAGCGUUUUAAAAAAUCGGACAAUGGGGACGGCUACUUUUUUUUUUUAUUAAAUACGGGAACAUCUUAAUCUUAAUAAUUUUAAACACUUUUUAAAACUGAAAGAAGAACUGUUUAAAAAAGUUUUAAAGAAAGUAUGAUAUUUAGCGGAAAAUUAUUUUCAACAAGUUAGCAUGGAUUUGAAAUAGCCUAUUUCUGAGUGUUCCUAUUCUUGUAUAUAUAUAGAAAUGGCAUUUAGGGAUGUACUUGAUUUGACGGAAGCGGCCUUCUGCAAAAAAACGCUAAAAAGAAUACACAGACAAAUGUAAUAUGUUUACAGUAAAUGUUUUGUGAGAGAACGUACGAAAAGCAUAUAUAUACAAAAUUUAAUGUGCUUGUAAUGCUACAUAAUGUGGCAUCUGUUUUGUUUUAUCCUGCUUCGUGCACUUUGCUCAGAAAUCCUUAUAUUUCUUCAAAUGUCUCUAAUAAUUUGAUAUGAAUAAUUUCAAGUAAUCUGUCAAAUUUUUUAAAUGAUAUAUUUCAGGCCUCGAACCCCCAUGACAUUGAACAAUCACUUAAAGUUGAACUCCUUUGGCGCUCUCUGUAAUGUUUGCCCGAAUAAAAA